AGGAGACAGAUCAAUCUCAUGCAUCUUCUCUCUUCGUAAUGCCCUGCCUAUAUGAAAUGAAGCUUUGAACACAUCUCACCUCCCGUGUAUUUUGGUAGCAAAGAAGAGAAAUAAUAUUUGAGGGAAAGAGAGAAUGGAAGAGCAGAUUGAAACAUUGGGAAAGUCAUUUGUUGAUCAUUACUACCAUCUUUUUGACAAUGAUAGACCCUCUCUCUCGUGUCUCUAUCAACCAACCUCCAUGCUCACUUUUGAAGGGCAGAAGAUAUUUGGGGUUGAUGAUAUCUCUGCUAAGCUUAACCAGUUGCCCUUCGAUCAAUGCCGACAUUUGAUCAGCACCAUUGAUUCUCAACCUUGUUCGUCGACCGGCGGCAUCAUUAUCUUUGUCAGUGGAAGCCUCCAACUAGCCGGAGAGGAGCACCACCUAAGAUUUAGCCAGAUGUUCCACCUAAUGCCAACACAAUUGGGAAAUUUCUUUGUGCAAAAUGACAUAUUUCGCCUCAAUUACGGUUGAUUUGUUGAUCUUCUUCAAAUCGAUACUGGUGCUGUAAUUUUUACAUCAAACAUUUUCUUCUUCAAGGAAUAAACUAAUCCGCUUAACUUGUUAUGGUU